AUGGCAGCAGCUGAAGCAGCUGUCAAAGAGAAGAUUGUGAAACUGGCUGAAGAGACCUUCUGUGGCUCUGGGGAUAUCGAAGCACAAGAUGCCAAGUCGUUUCACCAAUACUUUUUGCAGACUUACCCACCUGGCUCUGCAGAGCGCUCCAAGCUGCUUUCUGACCUUCACGGCUUGGAAAACCGUCUCAAGGCCUUGACAGGCUGGGUUCCGCCAGCUGCAGUUGACACAGUGCUUCCUUUCAAUGCUGGCCAGAUCCAAAGUUUUGUGGUUGCCCCUUGGCAGCUUGGGCUUGCAGCUGAGGAUUCAGUCAAGGGCCCGUCCAAGAUCGUGUACAUCUUGGAUACUGUGUCAAAUUUCUUGGCCAGCCCAUAUCGUUCUGAAAGGGAACCGCUUGACUUGCUGUUUUCUCCAGGGGCCCGCCCUGGUGAACCUGUGGUUGAUUGGUCCAUGGUUCAUGCGAUUGGAAUGGGAAAAAGUAGCGCAUGCCGAAUCAUUUUGGAAUGCACCCUGCGGCUUGGCCUCAGUGAUCUUGAGCUUGUGGCAAUUUCAGAUGUCUUGAAAGCCUUGCUGCGGAUGAAGGCCACUUAUGAACCAUCUGCCACAGAGGAGCAGCAGUUCAUGCGAAGCUUGGGUUUCAAAAGUCAAAUGGCUGAGCGAUCCCGACCAGACCCUCUGAUGGUAGCUUGCAAAUGGUCAGACCUGCUGCGUGGUCAGGGUUUGAAUUUUGCUGCUGUCAUUGACCAACGCAUUCAGGCAUACAACAAAGGGCGCACAGAAGCUGUAGCAAUUUCACAACAAGAAAAGGCGUUCAUCAAGCUGUAUGUCCACCAAGCCCCGGAGUUCACUGAGCUUCUGGAGUACCAUUGGCAAAAUUUCAAGGUUGCUGAAUCCGCAGUCCCUUUGAAAAUUUGGGCAAAUCCAGACCUCUCACCAGACACAAAGCAGAUUCGUUCUGGUGGCAAAGCCUUGUGGACAAACAUCUUGAAGUGGACCCCAGCUAAGAACUACUACUGGUUGCUUCGGGCGAUUGGAAUUUUCCUGAAGAAUUUGAAAGAAGCCCAGAUGGCAGGCAAGAACGUAUCCUUGAAAAGUAUGGCCAACAGGUUUCGCUCAAACUUCAAAGAUCCAUUGGCCCAUGACCAGGCUUCUCUUUUCGGCCAUUUCCUUCCAGAAUGGAAGUCUCAUGUCACAAACACCCAGUUGGAUGAUCUGAUUGCGCGCUUCAGCAAGGGUUACUUGAACAAGGAACUUGAGGAGAAGCUCAAGCUGAUGGAGCCAGAGCUCAAGGCAACGGAUUUUCGAUUCAUUCAGCAGGUCUCUGGUCAGUGGUCUUCGGUUCUUGGUUCCUCGGUUCUUGGUGAUGGAACACAGGAAGCUGAGCGCGCGAAAGAGCAGGCUGAAUUCAAUUUGUUUCAAUCCAGGCUGGCAAAAGAGGCCGCUAUGUUUUCUGACUACACCCGGCAGCUGCAACUGUUCCAUGCAAGGCAGCAUGAGGAAAAGGUUGCUGCAAACUUGUGCCUGAAGCAAGCCUUGGCUGCUGCAACAGACACUUUCUCAAACCACUGGAUGCCAUGCAGGCGCACCAGUGAAUCUGGGGUUCUGCCCUAUGUCAAUGAAGUCAUGGUCUCCUUUGCAGAAAGUGAGGGGAUUUCCAGCAGCAAAGCCUUACAGCUUCACAUUGCUUGCUUUGACAAGCUGGGCCUCCAUUGGUUUGCAAACGCAAAGCCCACUGUCUCCGUCAUUGCCAAUGCAGUUGGCGCUGCACCUGAGAAUGUGGCAGCCAUAGUGUUUGCCCCAAACGUUGGGAAGCCAGGGGAUGCAUACGACAUGCUGAAGAUUCAAGAAUCAGAGGAUGAACUGGACGCAAUGCUGCGGGAAGACACCUACAACCUUCGAGCCACCCGCGGCUUCAUUUCAUUUUCAGAAGAAUCGGUUGGAUGUGGCAAAUCUAAGAGGCCAGGUGGAACCACUUUUUGGUUUGUGGUUUCCAAGGUCCGGAAUGCAAAAGGCGAGCUCAUCUCCAAAUGGAAUGGUUGCUUCCUCCAGGUGCGAAAGCGUACAGUCGCGGAAUGCCCAGUGUUGCCACGCACAUCAUGGGUGAACCCGUGCUCACCCAUUGCUCGGCCACUUGGUGGCGCCAACAUUUCCAAAGCAGCUCGCUCCAAGCAGUGGGCCACAGGAGAAGGUUUUUGGCGCACUGUCUUGCAGUCAGCUGUGGAAUGGCUGUCUUUGGACAAAUCCUGGGUGAUUUUUGUCGUCGAUCUUCACCCUUAUGACGGCACACUUCAAAAGUGCAUCACGAAUUUCCAUUCCAGUGCAGGCAAACUGCCUGAGUUUGCUUCCAUUGCUCCCAUUUGGGCGAAUUUGGGUUCUAUUGAUGAUGGUGAAGGUGACAAGCCAGACAACCUGCGAAUUGAAGCUUUUUGCCGACAGUCUCUCAAAACCCACAUAGAAGGAGAACUGCGCAGUGGUCGAUUGAAGGUAGCAGGCUUCACCAUGCCAGAAGCCAAUGAGCAGACUGCUGUGAGCCCACCAAUUUACAAUGAGGACUGGCUCGACAAAGUGACAGCCACCUUUCCUACUUUGGGAGAUGAGGUCCAGAAGGCCAUUGGUGAGCACAACAAAGUGCACAACCCCUCUGGUGUUCCAUACAAAGGAGAGAAGAAGAGAACAGCACCCGAAGCCCAGGAGGAGGAAGAGAAAUCAGCUGUGACAUUGGAGCCGGUUGACACCACCAUUGAGAAGUUGUCCCCAGACGCGCAACUCUGCGGACCAGAUGGUCACUAUGAACUUCUGGUGAAAGGUCCCCAUUUGUACUUGCAUGGGCUUGCUGACUGUGUCGUGAGUGCACAGAGCCCCGUGUGCCAUUUUUGGGGCAGAUACCUCUGCGGGUCAACGGACAAGAAAGAUAUCGCCAAGUUUCAAGGCCAAAUGCUUCCAUGGCAAAUGGACAGCAAGGAGUAUGUAGCUUGCUUUGCAGUGGAAGAUGAAAGCAACAAUGUGGACUUGGCAGAUUUUCCCCAGAACCCUCAAAGUUUGAUUGCAUUCUUGCGUCACCUGGAGGAAAAUUCACUUGUGGGUGUCAACAUCGAGGUCCAUGAGGUCAAGUACACACAGAAGCCUGAUACCUUGCAGCCAGGCCAAGUGACUACAGAGUACAGCAUCAAGCCCACUGAGGAAUGUUUUUUUCUGCCACAGCCAUUGCCAAAAAACACAAAGAUCUUGUUGGAGAAUGCGGCUUCUGUGAUUGCAAAGGGCGAUUUUGAUUGGAACACUGGCCGCCACUCCAAAAAUCAUUUGCAGAUGUACCUCAGCCUUGAGUUCCACACAGCUCGGAACACCAUUUUGCCACGCAGGCCAAAGGUUUUCCUGACAAAGCCAGUGAAGCUCACUAAGGGCCAGAUUGCUCUGGCUGAAGCAAAGGACAUUACCCAAGACCUCGAUGUUGUUGAGCUGUGGUCCGGUGUGGGCAGUAUUGCCGGAGCAGCCCAGGAGAAAUUCUUCAAGGCCGAGACCAUAGAACUCACAGAUGGCCAAGACCUUACCUCCAAGGAGGGGUUCAAGGAGGCUGAGGCCAAGGUUUUGCGACUUGGCAAAGGCAGUCUCUUAUGGAUGGGUUUGCCUUGCAAAAGUUUUGUCUUCCUCAAUGCCAGCAAUUGCAAGCGCAACCCAUACAACCAGUACAAAGGUGAUACUUCGUAUCAACCAGUGAAGGAAGGCAACCUCUUUGCAAAUGAAGCAAAGUAUUUGGGCCAAUUGGCUCUGCAGCGUGGUGUCCAAGUUGUCAUUGAGAAUCCGCCUCAGAGCACCUUGUGGCAAUACCUUCCCACCAGCUUCAUGAAGCAGCUUUCAAGCUCAGCAGUUUGUCACCGAUGCUCAUUUGAAAAGGCUCCUGAUGGAAAACGGCUUUGGAAGCAGUACAAGUUCUACUGCUCUGACCCAUGGAUUGGUGACCUGCAGGUCGGGUGCAAGUGCCAGCAGGGCCACAUUGCCUUGACUUCAAAGAAGGAUGGCAAGGUGACAGGGAAGUUGGAUCUUUUGAGCGAGUCCGCUGCAUAUCCCAUUGCAUUGGGCCAAGCUGUCAUCUCUGCAUGGUCCAGCCAGGAUGUUCAUGAUCCUGUGGGUGAGCCACGAGCCAGCAAGCGCUCGUGGCAGAGCUUGGAUGUAGCAGUGCCCCAAGACAAAGGGCGCGAUUGGAAAACCAUUCCUGUGGAUGAUGAAGUUGCCCAAGCAGUAGUGAAGAAACGCAAAGCUUGCAUCUCAGCUGCUUCAUGGCAAGAGUUCAUGCUGUCAAAGCCAGCUGACAAAGAAUUGAACCAAUAUGAGACCAAUGGCAUGGACAAGAAUCGCAUACAAAGGGUCUUUGCGGAUGGCUGUUCCUGCAAACGAAACUGCAUCAGCACACUCUCUUUUGCAGAUGCUGUUGGUUGGUGCCACGCUUUCCACAUGGCUGACCAAGCAAAGCGACAGAUUUUGCUAUUUGCCUUGUACCACCCCGACAUAGAGUGGGAAGACAAGGAGGCUUUGACAAUUUCUGAGAGACACCAGAAAACUUACUUGGAAGUUUCAGGUGUGCGGGUGUGUGUUGCAGCAUUUUGCCGCUUGCUUGGAGUGAGCAAGAAGACGUUUUACAAAAUGAUUUUUGGGCAACCAGACAUGCGCCGGAAGGAUGGCAAAGACGAGCAGGUAGUACCUGAAGACGGCGGAAGCUUGGAUGAAGAGGCAGAUGCAACCCAGAAACUCAUGGAUUGGGUGGUUGUGACUGCUGCACUGGCCCAUGGUUACGUCACUUCAUGGUUCCUAGCCCCAGAUGAAUUGACCCAUGGAGCUGAUGCAUUGCGAAUCGACAACACAGUGGCCCAGGCCAAGAAUGGGUUCGUGGGAGCUUUUUGCGCGUAUGUGACUCGCCAUGGCAUUGAGGCGCCCCAUAGUUUUUGCUACAAGCUGUUCAUGGAUUUAACUGGGGAAGAGAAAGCAAAGGCCACCCAUCAUCGCUGGUUUGGCGCAGCAGGUGACAAGGAUGUCAUACUGCUUGGACAGUAUCCGGACUUUCUCUCCUGA